UUUUUCUCUUUCACACGUGUGGAGUGAAGUGAACGUUUAACAGCACUGACCAACAUGGCCGCGCACAGUGUGGAAGCGCUGUUAGCUAAAGCUGAGCAAGAAGAGGCAGAAAAACUGCGAAGCAUCGCCGUCCACAAAGAGCUGGACCUGGAGUUUGACGUCGGUAACCUGCUGGCGUGUGACAAAAACCGCAUCGAGUCCCGAGACUUCAGGGAACAGAAGAAAGAGGACUUCCUGCGGUCUCUGGCUCGUGACAACACACAACUCCUCAUCAACGAGAUCUGGAAGCUGCCCACGGAGAGGGUCGAGGAGGCGAUAGUGGCCAAACUACCGGAGCCGACGACCCCGCUGCCCAGAGAGAAACCGCCUCCAAAACCCAAACCUCCGACGAAAUGGGAGCAGUUCGCAAAACUGAAGGGCAUACAGAAGAAGAAGAAGACCAACCUGGUGUGGGACGAGAAUGCGAAGGAGUGGAGGAGGCGCUGGGGCUACAAGAGGGCCAACGAUGACACCAAGGAGUGGCUGAUCGAGGUGCCGGAGACCGCAGACCCGAACGAGGACCAGUUCGCCAAACGCGUUAAAGCCAAGAAGGAGAGAGUGGCCAAAAAUGAGCUCAACAGACUGAAGAACAUCGCCAGGGCUCAGAAAGUCAAAGUCCCAGGCGUGGGGCUGACCCCGACAGCCCAGCAGUCCAAAGACGAGCUGGUCAGGGCCGUGAGCGUGGCCAAAACCUCCACAGCAUCCGUGGGGAGGUUCCAGGACCGGCUGCCUAAAGAGAAAGCACCAAAGAACACAGGCAAGAAGAGGAAGUUCGAGCCUCUCAUCGGUGACUUUUCCAACGAGAAGCAGAAGCAGCUGGAGCUUCUGAAAGUUAUGGACAGCAAGAAGCCCAAGCUGGACAUCACCAAGGCUGUCAAUAAACAGAUGAGAGAGGAGGACAGGGAGGAGGCCUCGGCCAAAUACAAGAAGGGAGCAGGGAAGAAGGGACGCAAAGGAAACAUGUCAGGAAAAGGCAAAGGAAAGGGGGGCAAAGGAAAAGGAGGUAAAGCAGCAGGAGGAGGAGGAGGGAAGAAGAGAUCUAAACCUGGGAAGCGCUGAGGACUCUUACCUUUCUUGUGUCCUGCUACAUCUGGUUGUGACUUGGCAUCAAAGCGUUGGGACUGGACACUGAAAUGACUGUUUGAUUCACCUGUCACUGAUGGGUGCGAUGCUGUGACUGUCCAGGGAUUUUAGUGACUCUUCUACUUUAUGUAAAUUAGUCUCAGUAUAUGCAAUAUUAAUGUAUACCACUCUGACCCAAAUUAAAAUCAGGUGAUUGUG